AUGAUUUUUAAUCGAGCCGCCACGCAGCAGCAGCCAACGAAUGCGGCGAACGAUUUAGCGACAGCUCCUUCCGAGGCUGCUUUCCAGCUUCGGGGAUCAGCGUCGGAUGAAGGCUCGGUAGUAGGCGAUACCCGGGCCGCGUCUGGUGACGGAAGCGAGGCGAUUAAAGACCUAUCGGGUCCGCCGGUCCUGUGCUGGGAGCGCGUGGGCGGAUCCACUAAGGCGUAUGUAGCGAAUGAGAUCGGCGGGGGAGGGGAUGGCACGGAGGGGGCGGGGAGGGGCCGCAAGGGGCGGCGGAGAAAGCCGUUUUUUAUCCAGGACGUGGGGGAGCGCGCAGACGCGGUUAUGGAGCUAACCGAUUUUUUCAAGACGAAUUUCCUGCCCGAGGGGUUUCCGGACAGCGUAGCUCCGUCGUUCGUGCCGUACAUGCGAUGGCGCGCCUUGCAGUAUUUCUUCGGCGGAGCGAUGGGCGUCUUCACCACGCGCUCCUUGCUGCACGCCUUGGGAGUGUCGCGCGGCGCGGGCGGCGGCGGCGCGGCGGCGAGCGCGCUGGCGGUGAACUGGGUGCUCAAGGACGGCGCGGGGCGGCUCGGGAAGAUGCUGUUCGCCCGCCACGGGAAGCGGUUCGACUGCGACCUGAAACAGAUGCGCUUUCUGAGCAACAUGCUGCUUGAUUUCGGCUGCUGUGUCGAGCUCUGCACCAUGGCCGCCCCCAAGUUCUUCCUCCCACUCGCCUGUGUCGCCAAUGUGUUCAAGAACAUUGGGGCCGUGACCAACACAUCGACCCGAGCGCCCAUCUACAAGGCGUUUGCGCGGCGGGAGAACAUUGGAGACAUCACGGCCAAAGGGGAGAGCAUUAGUAACCUCGCUGACCUGAUGGGCACAGGAGCCGGCAUUCUCAUUGCGAGGAGCAACCCUCACCUUGCCGCCACCUUUGCUCUCCUUUCCUGCGGCUACCUCUUUGCAUCGUUCAACGAGGUCAAGUCCGUGCAAGUACCCACGCUCAACCGCGCUCGCUUUGCCGUGGCAGUGCGCUCCUUCCUGGAAACGGGGCAGGUGCCUUCCCUAGCAGAGGCCAACGCCAGGGAGCGCAUCCUCGUGCUGCCGUGGGCUGUGGAUCGACCCCUUGAGCUGGGAGCACGCGUGGCAGACGCAUUCAGGAGUCCCUCUGACGUGCUCGCAUCACAGGCCAUCUUCAAGGACGAGCAGUACAUUGUGACGUACCUUCCGAGCCACCGGAGGGCGUACGUCGUCCUCAAGGAAGGAGCCAAAUCAAGGGACGUGGUGCGGGCGGCCUUCCAGACGCACGUGCUGCUGCACCUGCUGCACCAAUGGCGGCAGGACACCUGUCAGCAACCCCUGCUGACUCACCACCUUUCUCCUGGAAACUCUCCCAAAGUCCAAACUCCUGGCAGCUUCAACCCAGCGGCCCUUUCCCCAACAGCCCUGACCAGCAGCUCCCCAGGUCGGUGGGCACCCAAGGAAAUCAGUCCCAAGGGCCCUCGCGCGUGGCAAAGGUCCCUCACAUCUGCAGAGGUGGAGCGGGCAGUGUCGGAGAGUCUUGAGCUCACGCGAACCCUGUUUGGGACGUUUGAGGAGCGGGCUGCUGCAGAGGGAUGGACCAUGGCGGAUUCGCUGCUCAACCCUGGAAAGGCCCGGGUGCUGUCUGGUCCCCCAACUGCACGGAUAGUGCAUGCUGCUGCUGUACCUUCUGCUGCAGCUGCUGCUGGUAGUGUUGCUGGUGGCGGGGUUGCCUCCACUGAUGGUUCUGCAGGUCUCACUCUCCCUCCACUCUCUGCCUCUGGCCGGGUUGCGCUCAAGCCCUUUGCAGGUGCUGCUGCUUAG